UAUUCUAUUAUAGUUCCCUCUGAUGGCUACUCUGCUGCACCCUAAUCAGUGCCACGUGCAGUGUGUAUAAGUUAGAUAUGGCUCAUAUGUUUGCAGCAGAGACGGCGGCAGCUUCAGGGUCCUUCUUCUGCUGCUGCUGUGGCUCUCUACCAUGGGCAGAGACAAGAAUCUUGUUUUUGCUGUUAAUGGGCAGAGGUUCGAGCUCUCGGAUAUCGACCCUUCAACCACUGUGCUCGAAUUCUUGCGGCUGCACACUCGCUUCAAGAGUGUCAAGCUCGGAUGUGGUGAAGGUGGCUGUGGAGCCUGUGUGGUGUUACUAUCUAGAUAUGAUCCUGCAAGUGACCGGGUGGAGGACUUCACCACAAGCUCGUGUCUCACACUCCUCUGCAGCAUAAAUGGAUGCUCUAUCACAACCGCCGAAGGCCUUGGGAAUACCAAAGACGGGUUCCAUCCGAUCCAGAAGCGGUUCUCGGGCUUCCAUGCUUCUCAGUGCGGCUUCUGUACUCCGGGAAUGUGCAUGUCUCUCUAUGGAGCUCUGGUAAAUGCCGAGAAGACCGACCGCCCGAAACCUUCCAAGGGAUUCUCAAAGUUGACUGUCUCCGAAGCCGAGAGGGCUAUUUCAGGAAACCUCUGCCGGUGCACCGGCUAUCGUUCAAUUGCUGAUGCGUGCAAGAGUUUUGCGGCCAAUGUAGAUAUCGAAGAUCUGGGGUUGAACACUUUCUGGAGAAAAGGAGAGGACAAGGAGACAUGUUUAAGUAGAUUACCACCAUAUGACCAAAAUAGUGAUAUCAGGGCUUUCCCUGAAUUUCUGAAAGAUGAAGUGAAGGCUUCAGAUGGGUUGGGUGUCGAAAAAUGUAACUGGUAUAGUCCUGUCACCUUUGAGGCGCUCCAAUGCCUGUUGGGAUCAGAUGGAAUGGAUAAAGGGGAUAGAGUGAAAGUAGUUGUGGGCAAUACCGGAGUGGGCUAUUACAAGGAUUACCAGCACUGGGACAAGUACAUUGAUCUAAGGCACAUCCCUGAACUUCAAGUUAUCGUGAAGGACAAGACAGGAAUUGAGAUCGGGGCAGCAGUGACGAUAACUAAAGCUGUCAAGGAAUUGAGGGAUUUCAGUGAAUAUUUGUCGAAUCUUGACGGUGGGAAUAUAUUCAGAAGAUUGGCAGAUCAUAUGGAAAAGAUCGCUUCAGGUUUCAUUAGGAACUCAGCUAGUUUGGGAGGAAACUUGGUGAUGGCGCAAAGGGAAAAGUUUCCUUCUGAUAUCGUCACCAUUCUUCUUGCUGGAGCCUCAUCAGUAAAGAUAUUGGCUGGCUUGAAGGUUGAGAGGAUUACAUUGGAGGAAUUUCUGAGGAGGCCUCCGCUUGACCCAAAAACUAUGCUUUUGAGCGUUAAAAUCCCAAUAUUGAAAUCAAACAGCAGCAAAGUGCUGUUUGAAACCUAUCGUGCUGCUCCACGGCCCUUAGGGAAUGCACUGCCCUACUUGAAUGCUGCUUUCUUGGCUGAAGUUUCUCAGUGUGAUUCCUCAAAUAAUACUCGUAUAAACAGCUGUAGGAUGGUGUUUGGUGCCCACAGUUCUCAACACGCUGUGCGCGCAAGGAAGUUGGAGGAUGUUUUGGUUGGAGAAAAGGUUCUCAGUUUGAGUCUGUUAAGCGAAGCCAUUGAAGUUGUGAAAAAAAUCGUGGUCCCAGAGGAUGGCAUAUCGAGUAGUGCUUAUAGGACAAGCCUAGCUGCUGGUUUUGUUUUCACUUUUCUUAUACCCCUCAUUGAGUCCGCUCUUCCGAUACCCAAAUACUUAGAUGGUUACAGUGGUUUGGUCAAGGCUGUAGAGCAGGAAAGGGAUCAGCUAUCAUAUGGGAAGCAGGUUGUAGAAGUGGAUAAGCAAUAUACUCCUGUAGGAGAUCCGGUUGCGAAAUCCCAAUCCACCAUCCAAGCUUCUGGUGAGGCUGUGUACGUGGAUGACAUUCCUUCUCCAACCAACUGCCUCUACGGAGCUUUCAUAUAUAGCAUGAAGCCUCUUGUAAGAGUGAAAAGCAUCACAUUUUCACCUAGCUUACCUAAAGAUGUGGUAAUUUCAGUUGUUUCCUUUCAAGAUAUUCCCAUCGGAGGAGAGAAUCUUGGAUCACGGACCAUAUUUGGGUCGGAACCUUUGUUUGCUGAUGAGCUUGCUCAUUGUGCUGGUGAUCGUGUUGCUUUUGUGGUUGCAGAGAGCCAGAAGCUUGCAGAUAUGGCAGCAGAAGCUGCUGUUAUUGAUUAUGACAUGGAAGAUUUAGAAACACCAAUUUUAUCUGUGGAAGAUGCUGUUGAGAGAUUAAGCUUCUUUGAGGUUCUUCCUAUUUUCUAUCCCGAGAAAGUUGGUGACUUCUCAAAAGGAAUGGCAGAAGCAGAUCAGAAGAUCCUUUCUGCUCAGAUUCAGCUUGGGUCUCAGUACUACUUUUACAUGGAGAAUCAGAGUGCACUUGCUAUACCUGAUGAAGACAACUGCAUGGUGGUCCAUAGUUCGACUCAGACCCCUGAAUUUCUACAUGGCACCAUUGCAAGAUGUCUGGGAGUUCCUGAACAUAACAUUCGUGUCAUAACGAGAAGAGUUGGUGGAGGAUUUGGUGGAAAGGCUGCAAGGGCCAUGCCAGUUUCCGUAGCCUGUGCGGUUGCAGCUCAUAAACUGAACCGUCCUGUUAGGACUUAUCUCAACCGGAAAACAGAUAUGAUCAUGGCUGGAGGGAGGCAUCCGAUGAAGGUAACUUACAGCGUAGGAUUCAAGUCAAAUGGGAAGAUCACGGCCCUACAUGUUGACAUUCUAAUCAACGGCGGACUGUCUCCUGAUAUCAGCCCGAUAAUGCCCCACAAUAUGGUCAACACGCUCAAGAAGUAUGACUGGGGCAACCUGUCCUUUGACUUCAAAGUAUGCAAGACGAACCACACCAGCAAGUCGGCUAUGCGUGCCCCAGGGAAGGUCCAGGCAUCUUUCAUUGCAGAGGCUGUAAUCGAACAUGUGGCAUCUGUCCUCUCAAUGGAAGUCGAUGUGAUCAGAACCGUUAAUCUUCACACACAAAACAGCCUCAGCUUGUUCUAUCCGGGCAGCGUUGGUGGCCUGGAGGAGUACACAGUGCCCUUGACGUGGGUGAAGUUGGGUUUUUCCUCUGAUCUGGCACAAAGGACCAAGGAAAUUAAGGAGUUCAAUCUAUGCAAUACGUGGAAGAAAAGGGGGAUUUCUCGAGUUCCCAUCAUUUAUGAAGUGGCUGUGAGACCGACUCCAGGGAAGGUCAGUUUGUUGAGCGAUGGGUCCGUGGUUGUGGAAGUGGGAGGAAUCGAGCUGGGUCAGGGGCUGUGGACUAAGGUGAAACAGAUGGUGGCAUUUGCUCUGAGUGCGGUACAAUGCGAUGGGCCCAUGGACUUGUUGGAAAAAGUUCGGGUUGUACAGGCUGAUACCUUGAGUGUUACUCAAGGAGGCUGGACUGCAGGGAGCACGACUUCAGAGGCGAGCUGUCAGGCGGUUCAGCUUUGUUGUGAUAUUCUGGUCGAGAGGCUGCGUCCUCUCAGGGAUAGGCUGCGGGAGCAACAGGAAUCUAUUACUUGGAAUGUGCUGGUUCAACAGGCAUAUUUGCAGCCCGUCAACUUAUCAGCGAGUGCAUUCUAUUGCCCUGAACUAAGUUCAAUGCAGUACCUCAACUAUGGCGCUGCUGUGAGCGAGGUUGAGAUAGAUGUUCUAACUGGAGAAACAAGAAUCCUUCGGUCCGAUAUUAUUUACGACUGUGGGAAGAGCCUCAACCCUGCUGUCGAUUUAGGGCAGAUUGAGGGUGCAUUUGUUCAAGGAAUCGGAUUCUUCAUGCUCGAAGAAUACACAACGAAUUCUGAGGGGUUGGUGAAUACAAAAGGCACUUGGACAUACAAAAUCCCGACACUAGACACUGUGCCGAGAGAAUUUAAUGUCGAGAUUCUCAAUAGCGGGCAUCAUAAAGGACGCGUUCUUUCCUCUAAAGCUUCGGGAGAGCCGCCCCUGCUCCUAGCAGCUUCCGUCCACUGUGCAACGAGAGCGGCAAUUAAAGAAGCGAGGAGACAGCUCCUCUCAUGGAGCAGCCUCGACACAACUGAUUCACCUUUCCAGUUGGAUGUCCCAGCCACCAUGUCUGUCGUUAAGGAACUCUGCGGGCUAGAUAGUGUCGAGAAGUACUUACGGUGGAGAAUGUCGGCGAAGUGAAUAGAGAAAGAUGCUUAAUUUCACCGUAAAAUUUGCCCGUGAUUUGGAACUUGGGAUCUUUUAAAUUUGAUGGAAGCAUACCUUGGAGGAUAUACGUAUAUAUACACUUCAAUAACAAAUAAGAGCAUAUGGUGUAAGAUAGAGCUGAUUCUGUAGAAUCUAGAAUCUGUGCAUCGGUUCAUACUUUUUAAGUGAUUUUGCAUAUUGGCCCAUUAACUUUUGAUUGUUUUCAUUUUCGCCUCUAGAGGAUAUUCAUGAUUGCUUGUACAGCCACUGGACUUUGCGAACAAUCCAUGUGUUAUCCUUCUUGAUUUUUGAAGAUCUGAUGAAAUCCAAGAACAUAUAGAUUGUAGAUUUGA